GGGGAGCCUGCAGAACAGCAAGAGAUGCAAAGGGAGCCUGGAGACAACAAGAACUGACUGCUUGGAGCAGGAAAAAGAGGGUUUGGAGAGCAGCAGAGAGGUCACGGAGGGGAUGGAGAGCACGGGGGAGCUGGGAGUUGCUGUCACCCACUCCUUGGAGCGGAGCAGGGAUGUCCUGGAGACUCCUGCGGAAUCCAAGGGAAACCUGGAGACCACCAGGGAGGCCACGGGUGGUCUGGAGACCAGCAGGGAGGUCACAGGCGGCGCUGGGACCACCAACGGGCGCAAAGGGAGUCUGGAGACAGCCGUCAUUCGCUGCUUGGAGCAAGGGAGAAGGAGCAAGGAGGGCCGGGACAGCACCACCAAGGUCCUGGGCAGCGUGGAGAGCGAUGCUUCUCCUGCCGGGGAGCUGAAGAGCACCAGCAGGCGCAAGGCAAAGACCCCUGCGAGGCCCACGGGGAGCGCAGAGACCGGUCCCCGCUGCCUGGAGUGGGAGAGAAGCGGGAGGGGGGCCCUGGAGGACACAGGGAGCCUGGAGACCACCGUCACUGGCCACGCAAAGCGGGACAGAGAGCAGAAAGGGGGAGUGGAGCCCACCACGGAGCCCCAGGAGGGCCUGGAGCCCACCCCCACAGCCUGUGUGGGGCAGAGCCGGGGCGGCCCCGGGCUCCCGGAUCUCCUGGGGGUCCCAGAGCCCGCGGGGGUCCCGGUCCCCAAGGAGCACGUGGCCGAGGAGAGCGCGGUGAUCUCCCUGGACGAGGACGAGGAGGAGGAGGAGGAGCGGGACGAAGGCCCGGCGCGGUACCUGGCGGCGCUGGAGGCCGUGCAGCUGGAGCUGGAGGCUGUGGAGGAGGAGGCGGCUCGAGCCUUUCGCCGUCUCCGCGCCCGCUUCUGCCUGCGCCGCCGGCCGCACCUGCAGCACCGCAACCGCCUCAUCCAGCACAUCCCCGGCUUCUGGGUCACCGCCUUCCUGAACCACCCGCAGCUCUCGGCCAUGAUCAGCGACCGCGACGAGGACGCGCUGAGCUACAUGACGAGUCUGCAGGUGGAGGAGUUCGGCCAGACCCGCCCCGGGUGCCGCAUCCGCUUCUUCUUCAGCGUCAACCCCUAUUUCCAGAACGACGUCGUGGCCAAGGAGUUCGUGCGCAGCCCCUCGGGUCACCUGGUGUCCCACUCGACGCCGAUCCGGUGGUGGCAGGGCCAGGACCCCCGGUCCCGCUCCCACAAGGGCCCCCCAGCCCCCCGCAGCUUCUUCGCGUGGUUUGGGGACCACAGCUUCCCUGCGGGGGACCGUGUGGCCGAGGUGAGCUCCCAGUGCUCCCAGUGCUCCCAGUAACACCUCCCAGUGCUCCCAGUGCUCCCA